AGGCAAGCCCCUCUUCUGCGCCGCUGACGCCAGGGCUCUGCGCCCGCGCUGAGCGGCGGUGACGACAUUUGUCUGCGACGAAGCGGAGGGUCUUCAGCGCCGGGUGGCGGGCGCCUGCGCAGUGGCUCCAAGCGGGCGGUUGCUUGUUGGUUGUUGUAGUAACGGGGGAAGCAGCCGUCGGCGGCGGCGGUGAAGCUGGGCAGGGGAAGGAGGAGGGAGGUAGGCGCAGAGCGCUGUCCCCGCCUGCCCGCCCCGAGCCAUGGGAAGAUGAGCCAGGAAUCUGUGCCACCCAAAUUGUUUGAUCCAGUGAAUCUGCAAGGCAAGGUCUCUGAGGCCCCCGUCUGCUGACUGCAUGACCAGCCCCAAAGGAAAUGCCAGUUGUGAUGGCCCGGGACCUGGAGGAAACAGCAUCAUCCUCGGAGGAUGAGGAGGUGGUAAGCCAAGAGGAUCAUCCAUGUAUCAUGUGGACUGGAGGCUGCAGGAGAAUUCCAGUUUUGGUAUUCCAUGCUGAGGCUAUUCUGACAAAGGACAAUAAUAUUCGAGUAAUUGGAGAACGUUAUCAUUUGUCCUAUAAGAUUGUACGAACAGACAGUCGCCUGGUACGCAGCAUUCUGACAGCCCAUGGAUUUCAUGAAGUUCACCCAAGCAGCACUGACUAUAACCUCAUGUGGACAGGAUCCCACCUGAAGCCCUUCUUACUUCGCACCCUCUCUGAAACACAAAAGGUUAAUCACUUUCCCAGGUCUUAUGAACUAACUCGGAAGGACCGACUAUAUAAAAACAUCGUUCGAAUGCAGCACACGCAUGGAUUCAAGGCUUUUCACAUCCUCCCUCAGACCUUCCUCCUGCCAGCUGAGUACGCGGAAUUCUGUAAUUCAUAUUCAAAGGACCGGGGACCAUGGAUAGUAAAACCAGUGGCCUCCUCUAGGGGGCGAGGUGUCUACCUGAUCAACAAUCCAAACCAGAUUUCCCUGGAAGAGAACAUCCUGGUUUCCCGUUACAUUAACAACCCCCUGCUCAUAGAUGAUUUCAAGUUUGACGUGCGCCUCUAUGUGCUUGUGACUUCCUAUGAUCCCCUUGUCAUCUAUCUCUAUGAAGAAGGAUUGGCUAGGUUUGCAACUGUGCGAUAUGAUCAAGGACCCAAGAACAUUCGGAACCAGUUCAUGCACCUGACCAACUACAGUGUGAAUAAGAAGAGUGGAGACUAUGUCAGUUGUGAUGAUCCUGAAGUGGAGGAUUAUGGGAACAAAUGGAGCAUGAGUGCUAUGCUUAGGUACCUGAAACAAGAAGGCAAAGAUACAACUGUGUUGAUGGCCCACGUAGAAGACCUGAUCAUUAAGACUAUAAUCUCUGCUGAACUAGCUAUUGCUACAGCCUGUAAAACCUUUGUUCCGCAUCGCAGCAGUUGUUUUGAACUGUAUGGAUUUGAUGUGCUCAUAGAUUCUACUCUGAAGCCAUGGUUGUUGGAAGUGAAUCUCUCUCCUUCUUUGGCCUGUGAUGCACCUCUGGACCUAAAGGUUAAAGCCAGUAUGAUUUCAGAUAUGUUCACUAUUGUAGGAUUUGUGUGCCAAGAUCCUGCCCAGAGGUCAUCAACCCGGCCAAUUUAUCCCACCUUUGAGACUUCCAGGAGAAACCCUUUUCAGAAACCUCAGCGUCCAGUAUCUGCACAGUUUUACUCAUCAAACGCCAAGCAGCGUUCCCGUCCACUCUCUGCCAGUGAUGCGGAAAUGAAAAACCUUGUGGGCUCAGCCCGAGAGAAGGUGCCGGGGAAGUUAGGUGGUUCUGUGCUUGGUCUUUCAAUGGAGGAGAUCAAAGUUUUACGACGGGUGAAGGAGGAGAAUGAUCGAAGAGGUGGAUUUAUUCGCAUAUUCCCUACAUCAGAGACGUGGGAAAUAUACGGGUCCUACCUUGAACACAAAACCUCCAUGAACUAUAUGCUGGCAACACGUCUCUUCCAGGACAGGGGAAAUCCAAGAAGAAGCUUAUUGACAGGAAGAACACGAAUGGCUUCUGAAGGACCACCAGAAUUGAAGGUAGAGAGUAUGAAUUCAAAGGCUAAGCUGCAUGCUGCUCUUUAUGAGAGGAAGCUCCUGUCUCUGGAGGUGCGAAAACGUAGACGCCGGAGUGGCAGAUUGAGAACAAUGAGGCCAAAAUACCCAGUGAUUACCCAACCAGCUGAAAUGAAUGUUAAAACUGAGACAGAGAGUGAAGAGGAGGAUGAAGUUGCACUAGACAAUGAUGAUGAAGAGCAGGAAGCUUCCUUGGAGGAGUCUGCAGGGUCCCUUGGAGAAAAUCAAGCCAAAUGUACACCCUCAUUGACCGUUGUGGUAGAAAAUUCACCCAAAGAAACUUCUUUGAAAGUUCCUGAAUGGAGUAAUAAAGGUGAACAGAGCUGCAAAAUUGAGACUCAGGAACCAGAACCUAAAUUUAACCUGAUGCAGAUUCUACAGGAUAAUGGAAAUCUUAGCAAAGUGCAGGCCCGAAUAGCAUUCUCUGCCUAUCUCCAGCAUGUUCAAAUUCGCCUGAUGAAAGACAGUGGAGGUCAAACGUUCAGUGCCAGUUGGGCCGCCAAAGAGGAUGAACAGAUGGAACUGGUGGUUCGUUUUCUUAAGCGAGCGUCAAGCAACCUCCAGCAUUCAUUGAGGAUGGUACUACCCAGUCGACGAUUGGCACUGCUGGAACGCAGGAGAAUCCUGGCCCACCAGCUGGGUGACUUUAUUAUUGUGUACAGUAAGGAAACAGAGCAAAUGGCUGAAAAGAAAUCGAAGAAGAAACUUGAGGAAGAAGAAGAAGACGGGGUGAAUACAGAAAACUUUCAGGAGUUCAUCAGACAAGCAAGUGAGGCUGAACUGGAAGAAGUGUUGACUUUUUAUACUCAAAAAAACAAAUCUGCAAGUGUCUUCCUGGGGACUCACUCCAAAAGUUCUAAGAACAGCAGCAGUUAUUCUGAUAGUGGGGCAAAAGGUGAUCACCCUGAAACGAUGGAAGAAGUGAAAACAAAGCAGCCCAAACAGCAACAUGCGACAGAAAUUCACUCUGAUAAAUUAUCUCGAUUUACCACUUCAGCAGAAAGAGAAGCUAAAUUAGUCUAUGCCAGUUCUUCCUCUACAUCUUUCUCUGGUCCUGCUGCUACUCUUCCGCAGAAAAUUACCAGCACCCAUUUGUCGUCUAUUAUUACAACCUCUGACCUCCCGCUAGGGCCUGGCCACCAUUCUUCUUUAUGUCAGAUCCCUCCAGCUAUCCCCAGCAUACCUCACCAGUCUGCAAUUUUACUGAACGCAGCCCCUGACAAUGCUUCUCCCUCCAUACAUCCUGGGACACAGAACAUACCAAGCCCCGCUGGCCUGCAGCGCUGUCGAUCAGGCAGUUACACCAUUGGCCCCUUUUCCUCUUUCCAAAGUGCUGCACAUAUCUAUAGCCAGAAACUGUCUCGUCCCUCUUCGGCAAAGGCAGCCGGUUCAUGCCAUCCAAGCAAGCACCAUUCUGCAGCAGCCAAAGCACAAAGGGAGGGAGAGGAUGGUUCAUCCUACAGCAAACGGUACAGCCAGAGUGUGGUUGCAGCUGAGCUUCAGCGGCUAGCAGAGAAGCAGGCGGCACGGCAGUACUCACCAUCCAGCCACAUAAGCCUCCUCACCCAGCAGGUAUCAAACCUGAAUUUGGCAAGUGGCGUCAUAAGCAGGAGCAGUGCUUCAACUCCCCCCACCCUCCGGUCUGUCAUCAGUCCUAAUGUCCCAACGUGGUCAACACAGUCAGAACCCCAAGCUCCCGAGAGUCACUCCAGCCCUCCCGGAAGCAGGAGCCUCCAGACAGAUGGCUUUGCCUGGGAGGGAGAGGUAGAGAACAAUGCGUAUAGCAAGGCAACAGGGGUGAUCCCCCAGCACAAAUAUCACCCCACCGCUGGCAGCUACCAACUCCAUUUUGCCCUGCAGCAACUUGAACAACAAAAACUUCAAUCCCGGCAGCUUCUGGACCAGAGUCGAGCCCGGCACCAGGCAAUCUUUGGCAGCCAGACACUACCUAACUCCAAUUUAUGGUCAGUGAAUAAUGGUGCAGGCUGCAGAAUUUCAAGUGCCACAGCUAGUGGCCAGAAGCCAAUUACACUGUCACAAAAAGUGGUGCCACUUCCAAGUUCAUCCUCCUCCCUGCUCCCCAAACCCCCAUCCAAUAACAGACAAGUGCUCAGAAAGUCAGCAUCCCAGAAGUCUUCCAAAGCCUCCUCCGCAGAAGGGCAGUUGAAUGGACUCCAGAGCAGCCUUAACUCUGCACCCUUUGUGCCCAUCACCAGCUCCACAGGAUCUGUGGAAGCUCCCCAAGUUAUUUUCGCCAGAUCCAAACCCUUGCCCACACAAUCUGGAGCCCUUGCUACAGUUAUAGGACAGAGAAAAUCAAAGUCGGUGAAGUCAGGGCCAAUAUAAGGUAACAGAAUAAGGGCGUAUAUUUUCUUUAUUACUUGCCGACUUUAGCCUACAGCAAUAGCCUUAAUCACUAUCAAGAAAAGUGAUCAAAAUAACAAUGAAGUUGGGACUUCAUAAAACCAAAGGUCAGAAAGACUCUCCAAAACAUUCUCGGUCAAAGUUGAGCUGCAACUAGCCGGUUUCUGAAGGUCCUACCAGUAGGUGGCACUGCAGCAGUAAGAAAUUUCCCUACAAUUAUUAGAGACUUUUGUUGAAAAAUAUGGGAACUUUGAGGGAAAUCAAAGAAAAACUCGAACCAUGAUGGACUGAUCACAAGUACAUUGUAACAGAAUAUACUGGAAAGCGUGAUAUUUAAAGGUCAAGUUGCAGUAGAGUCCAAAAAGACUGAAUAUUUAUUGAAGAAGGCUUUUACAGUACAUAGGUAGUUUGUGAACUGGACUUUAAGAUAAUGGGAGGCAGAUAGGGAACAAAAUUUUUUUUUUUAAUUUUUUGGUGAAGUUGAUGGAUUAAUUAUGCUUUUUGUUGGGAUUAAUUAUGCUUUUUGUUGUUUUUUUAAAUAAACAUGCUAUAAUUGGUGUCUAACCACCCGUCCAAUACAUUGAAGGAAUGGACUACCUUGAUCUUAUGAGGCUGUAUACAUACUUCACCAGCAUUUUGUUCUAAGCUGUGGCCUUCAAAACUUUCCAGAAAAUUCUGUGAAACCUCAAGGCUUUGAGAAUUUCUUUCCUCUUUGCUCUGCCCCCCACACUAAAGCACACCUGCAAUGAGCUUAAUACUCUUCUUACCUCUCGGGGAGUAUUUAUAAACUUAUUUGAGAGGCAUUAUUCAUCAAAAUACCCCAGGAGAGCAAAGGAGAGAGGAAAAUUAUUUACCCACCACAGGAUUCAUUUACAUUGGAUUAGAAUACUUCAAAUAUCCUUCCCCAGCCCAUCUAAGCUCUUUCCAGAAAGGAAUAAGAAGAGAGAAGGGAACACCAAAUCCAUGGCUUGGUCAUCUACCAAAAUGUACCAGAGAAACUGAAUACAGCCAGGGCUCUACUGGCAAUACUUAGUCAACGGGCCUUUAAUUCUGAUACUAAGCAGCCUGUCGAGUGAUGAACAACGAAUAGAAAAUAAAAAACUAAAGCAAGAAGGUCAGUAUUUCCUUCAGGAGACUGGCAGCCAGACAAAUGAAUGUGACAUCAACUCCAAACCAAACUGAUGGCCUGCCAAGGAGUACUAAUGUCCAUCCACUUCCAGGACUGUGAGACUUGGACCUGCCACAGUUGUAAUAUCACUUUCCAUGAACCUAUUUCAUUAGUGUCCCUUACAUUCCACACUGAACAUUACAUGGCAAAAUAGGGUCCUCAGUAAAGAAACCUUGGGAAAGAGCCCAUCUCUCAAUAUUUAAAUCUCCUCUAUUACAAACACAGCCCUACUGAGUUGUACAUAGGCUAGGGAUGGGUGAUGCUGUGGUUUGUAAUUAGCUGAGGUGAUGGACUCAGAAAAUGGAAUGGGUCAGAGAGCCUCAGAAGUCCAGCCUCCCAUGCCACAGCAUAGCUGCUGGGAAGCUUCAGAGGAGGCCCACCAACCAGGCAUGUGGUAGAUGGCAUGGGCUGCCUCUCCUUCAGCUGGGGAAUUAGGUAGUUUACAAAGUGAGGAGGCAGAAUCUCAGAGUCCACAGCCCAUCAGCUGGAUGUGUGGUUUCUUCUUGUGAAGGCAGUGUGGACAGAAUCGUUGCUUGGGCCAUGGCCCCUUCAUCCAGGGCUUUGAACUGGUUCUGCUCCAUUCAGCCGUGGCCAACAAAGUGAAACUCGAACAGACCUGAAUUUUUAAAACGUGGAUGAAGCAGAAUGAUAACCGGAAUGGGAAAUACUACGGGUCGAGGCCCUCCUAGAAAAUCUCCCUCUUAGAAAACAAGGGCAGCGUGUGCAUUGCAUAGCAACCAAAUCUCUUGACCAGCAGUGUCGGAAACAACACUGCCCUGCUCAAAGAUGGCAGCCAACCUUGCCACUUUGAAUGCAUGUCACUCUCCACAGUCCUGGCGAUUAUCCAGUCUCCCGCAUCAGGCUCCUAAAACAUCUCACUACACCUCUUCCGAGUCUCCCUUUCCAGGGCUUCAACCUGUAAUUUUUCCUGUUCGAGUUAUCAUUCUGCUUUACCCAAAUUUUAAAAAUUUGUGUCUGUUCUGAUUUCACUUCAUCAGCCAUGACUGAGCCUGUUCUAACCGGUUUGAAGCCCUGCCUUCAACCAAAACCACAAACAAGUGUCAUCAGCAGCUGUGACAGCCCUAGAAUCUCUUCAUAUAUGGAAUUAGGGAAGCAGCCAGGUUAGAUUAGAGGACCUGAAGUGGGUUUACAUAGCCUUUUAUGUCAGAUGGAAAAAAUACCAAUUGUCCUUAUUAAAAAAUGGAGGGAGUUUAGGGAGUGACUAGAGCCUGCCUGAGCCCCCCUAGGUGGGUCACCAGUGUCCCAUUUAAAUACAAACAUCAAUAGGAAAAAUAAGAAUAUUUUAAAUCUGUAAUAUAAGGAACCGGGAAAAUUUUUCAUCAGUUACGUUUCUGUCAUCUAAUUGUUCUAAGCAGCUCUGAGUUCUGGGAGCAGUUCUGAGCAGCUGCUCGUAGCACUUACUUCACUAUAGACUGUGUUACAUAGAUGAUGUUUUUGCAGUCUGUGUUUCGCUCACCUAAAUCUGGCUGCAGCCACACAAGAAGGAUGUGGAUCCUUCAGCGUGGCAAAGUAGCCUGGCUGUCAGCCAUUGCAAUUUCAUGCUUUCCUGUCCCGAGGCCUCUCUCUCAUCUCAUUUAGUAACUAUUUCUACAUUUGGAAACAAAACUCAAGUGUAGUUGAACCACCUGGUUGGAGCUGGAGGAGGAGACAACCUGGCGUUUAGUUUGGGGGAAGGAGAGGAGAAGUUACUUCUAAGAAUGCACCCAAAGGGUGUUCAUUUGCUUUAAGAAAACUAGGGAGCUCUACUUCUGAAAUGAGCUGCUUAGAAAGAUAACAUCUGAAAAUUGAUACUGUCUCUCCUUGAGCUGGCAAAGUCCCAAGGGAGGAGUGAUGAUGCUUCAGUUGUUAACAAUUACUACGUUGUUAUAAAGAGACACGGGGAGCACAGUGGCCCCGUUCUCAAAUUACACUUACGUUACAGAAGUACACACACCUUCUGGAAAAACCACCUGGCAACCUGGGCUGUCAGAGCUGUGCCUGCCGCCGCACCUUAUAGCGCAGUUGUGCUGCCAUAGCAACAUCCAGUCACCUCGCAUGGAAGAAUAUCCUGUCUGUUCUUGUAGUUUUCAACUGGGCAAAUAGCCACUAUGAUUUUGCCUUACUCUGUCCAUCUUUGUGUUUAUCAUUACAGGUUAUCAGUCUUUGUUCUGUGGUUUUCCAUCCUGUGAACCCACACAUCUUGCUGCUCCUUUCAAUGGGAUGCUUGUUGUACACUCACUUACCUUUGCUUUACCAUCUUUAUAUCCUCAGGACAUAAUUGCUCCUAAAAGUUCUAAAGAAAGAAAAUGAACAGCAUGCUAAGCCAUGCCUACUUUUGGAAAAAGUAAGAUUUGCACGUGGAAAAAUUUACAACUCUUCUUGCCCGAUCUGUAGAGUUUGAACUGGGCCCCAAAGAGUGUAGGUGUGUGACUGCAGGGCUUAGAGAAUGAUGAUUUGAAGUAUGUUGCCCUGUUGGCGUGAUUAGCAUUGGUAUUCAUCCUUUAUUCUUUUAAAUUAUGAUUAUAAAGCAAAAGAAUCCCAUCCUCCUAACUGCUCAGAAUGAUUCAAGAACAUCAUUAGUAAAAGUAAAACAAUAGUCUUUUUUUUACUUUUUUGUUCUCACUUUUCAAACAUGCAACUAUUUCCAGUUAGCACCAUAAAUAUAAAGGGGCUCUCUUCUCUUGAAACUUGAAUCCAGGUUAUCACAUUAUCUGAUACCAGAGAGUAACAACUAGAAUGUGUGGAAUGGCCCUUUAGCUAGAUCAAUAAAACAUAGCAUGUAUGGAAGGCCAGUAAGUGGGGGUGUAAGUUAGGAAGCUAACAUGCUUUAUAAAAUGAUCAGCUGAAGGCAAAUGUCAGCUGACUAGAAGUUGCUGUGUUAGUAUCAUUUGUUAGUAGGUGGAGGAAUCACUCUCUUUUUAUACCUGUUGAACUUAAAAGUGAUUUUGUGUCUUUUCACCCCUUCCAUUCACCUCUGAUUUGCUUUCCAGGGAAAUUAAAACAUUUGACAAACCCAAAUGAAGAUAUUUUGGAACUUGACAAAGGUUUUUUUAUUUUAUUAUGACUGAGCUACAGAUUUUGUUAAGUGAUGAAUUGUUGGUGGCUGUUAAAUUAGAUACUAGAAUAUGGUAUUUCUGAAACUACAACACUUUUUAAAGAAAUAGACUCUUCUUGGGCCUUCUAUUUGAUAUUUAUUCAUCCUUGUCUAACACUUUUUGCUGUUCUCCAAUAUAAAUUGUUGUGAUGUGUCUUUGUGCAGAUGAUUUGAGUUGUCCAGAGUAGUCCUUUAAUGAUCAAGAAGACACUUUCAGUUGACCUCUGUUAAGGAAAUUUAUUCUACUAUAAACACAGAGAAGAGAGAGUCUCAAGAGCAAGACUUCAUGAAAAAUUACAUUUUAGGUGAUAAUUAGCAAAUUCAAUGGCUAAACAGCAAUUCUUUUAGUCCAUCACGGUAAAAAUAGUGUGGUAGUGGAUCUGACCUCCUCCUACUUCACUAGGGGGAAAGGACAGUCAAGAUCAACAGCCCAAAGCUGAUUCCUGUGAGGAGGAGGCCAGAUAUGCCCCCACCCUCCAUCUUUUUUUUUUUUUUU